GACGACCUUUGAACGAAUCUUAAGUGACCUUGUAAAAUAGUCGGUCUCUUGAGCCACAAUAAAGUUGCGAAAACUCUCAACCUCGGCCUCAUGGCUUCGCUAUUGUUUGUCUGUACUCUAGUUGUGUAAGCUUGUCAUUUUUAUUACGCAUAACCCUACAAUACUCAUACCACUGAACAUCCGAAGCUUUAGUAACAUCUGUGAUUAUUGCAGCCAGUGUUACUGGCAUUAUCAUAAUUCGUUUCAGUCUUAAUCUGGGUCGAGCGAUAAAGGUUCCUAUUCUAGCAGACGUCUUCCUCCAACAUGGUACAUCGACGGACAACAUCACGGUAGUUUUCACAAGGUCUACUAGUCAUUUGAUUGCCACAAUUACAAAUAAAAAAACUUCUUAGUAGUCCCAUUUGUUGAAGAUGCUUAUUUAUCUUUUCUUCUCUAAAAUCCACUGUAAUCCGACUGUACAUGAGCACCAGGUACUAAAAUCGGCGCUGUGAUCUUGAAAUCCUUCAAACACUUCUGAUUGGCUCGUCCAUAAAUUAUAGUCUCGCUAAAACGUGCCCCAAAACUUAAAUUUUAAAUAUUAUCUAAUAAAUGGGUUACUAAUAUUAGUGAUUUUUCUUAGAAUCAUGAAAUUCAACUGUAAACCUUGAAAUGCCCCCGAAUGCCCUGGUGGUUUGCUUUUUUAUCAUUUUUCGCCGAGCCCUAUGUACUUGAAUUGGUCUUUCUCACAUAGUAAGUAUUUUUACUAGUAAACAAAAAUGGAUGAAAUCGUCACUUAUGAAUCCUCCUCCUCUGAUGACGAGAUUUCCAAACAAGAUACUGCUCCAACACAACUUUUAAAAAGUAGUUUAAUUAAAUCAAUCGAUGUUGCACCAGUUGUGGAGCACAAGGAUGAGUUUCUAUCUAUUGUGCCUGUAGAUCCACAAUCUAAUGAACUUAUUCAUAAUCCUACUUAUGAAGAAUUAUUUGCACCAUCUUUCGGUCCAGUCAAUCCUUUUAAAUCUGAAAAACAAUUAGCUCCUAAAAAUACUUUAACUGGAUAUGUCGAAGAGGCUCACGUUAAUAAGUUUGCUUUUGAAAACCAGCAUAGAACUUUUAUGACUUAUGGUUACGCAGAAGAUCCUUCUGUUGAGGGAGGUGCUGAUCGACGUUUAGUUGGAGAGCCAGAAAGUAUGGUGGAAAACGAAGGAAAAACUGCCUGUGAAAAGCGCCAGAAACGUAAAGGUGAUUUGCGUAAACGUGAUAGUAAUUGGGAUCCAACAAGUGAAGAUUAUACUGGACCAUGGGCUAAAUAUAAAGAUGAAGUAACUGUUUCGGUUCCUUCUGAAGAGGAUCGUGUUUAUUUGGAAGCAUAUUUAGCAAAGAAAGCCAGCAAGAGAAAAGUUGUUGAAGAAGCUCCAGUUGAAGAAAAAUCUACACUGCAUAUACCAACACCAUAUGAUUAUCAGGGUAGAAAUUUCUUGCAUGCACCACAUGAUAUACCAAAUGUGAAUUUACGAGCAACUGAUCCACCAGAACGAUGCUUCUUACCUAAAAGACAAAUUCAUGAAUGGAUUAGUGCACAUGCACGUGGUGUUGCAGCAAUUCGCCUCUUCCCUAAAACUGGUCACUUAAUGUUAUCUGCUGGAAUGGAUUCAAAGGUUAAGCUUUGGGAAUUAUAUAAAGAACGUCGAUUAAUUCGUAGUUAUAUGGGUCAUCGUCAAGCUGUUCGUGAUGUAUCAUUUAAUAGUGAUGGUACAGCAUUUUUAAGUGCAUCUUAUGAUCGUUAUGUUAAAUUAUGGGAUACAGAAAGUGGUAAAUGUACAAAUCAAUUCAAUUUAAAACGUGUUGCUUAUUGUGUACAAUUUAAUCCAGAUGAAGAUAAACAACAUUUAUUUUUGGUUGGUUGUGCUGAUAAGAAAAUAUUAUGCUAUGAUGCACGUAGUGGUGAAGUGGUCCAACAGUAUGAUCGUCAUUUGGGCGCUGUCAAUGCUGUUGCAUUUGUGGAUAAUAAUAGAAGAUUUGUUUCAACAUCUGAUGAUAAAUCGUUACGUGUAUGGGAAUGGGAUAUUCCAGUAGAUUUUAAAUAUCUUGCUGAUCCUUCUUUACAUUCGAUGCCAGCAGUUAGUGUUUCACCGAAUGGUAAAUAUUUAAUUUGUCAAUCACUUGAUAAUCAAUUAGUUGUAUUCAAUAUAUUUGCCGGUUUUAAACGUAUGCGGAAAAAGAUUUUUCGUGGUCAUAUGGUAUCAGGUUAUGCAUGUACUGUAGAUAUGUCACCAGAUAUGCGUUAUGUUAUCUCUGGUGAUGGGGAUGGUUAUUUAUGUUUAUGGGAAUGGAAAACAACUAGAUUAUUAACAAAAUGGAAAGCACAUGAUGGUGUCUGUAUUAAUUGUGCAUGGUUACCACAUGAAACAUCAAAAGUCAUCACUGCUGGUUGGGAUGGUAAUAUACGUCUAUGGGAUUAAUUUCUUGGUGUAUAUGCAUGAAGAGAGCAUUAAUAUUUUUCUACAGAAGUUAAUAUCAGAUUAUAUUAUCCACAUUAAUGUGUACAUAUUUCUCUCCCCCUUGAACUAUCUGUUAUAAAUGUCUUAAAUUAAAAAUAGUUCUUUUUCAAUAAGGCAAUGUAAUUAAUUAAUUGUGACCAUUUAUUUAUUUAUUUAAACACAUA